CCAGCGGCGCCAGCCUUUGCAUGGUGCUGGUGGCCAAGCAGCAGGCAGCAGCCGAGGCCCAGCUGCAGGCCCUGGAGCAACACUGGUGGGCCACAUGAGGAGGAAGAUGUCACUUCCUGCUGCAGCACUUCAUUAGGGUGCCAUAGAGUGAGUGCAGGAAAUUGAACUUUACAAGGCUUUGAUUCCAGCAUACUAUACCUUCCUGUUUUUCUCCGUUAUGACAUUGUCAAAGGGUUCCUCAGCGAUGUACGCUGCCAAGUGCAGAAGUAGCACAUGUCCAUCAAAGUCAAGAUGAUCCGAGACGUGAGUGCUGAGGCCUGCUCACGAGUUGCAAGGGCGUGAGUGACUCAUUGGAAAGGAAGGAAGGAAUCGGCAUGUCGGGGCGACUGACCGCCCCCACUCCGGGAAGGCAGAAGACCAAAAGGCCGGAGGUGGGGGGGCGGUGAACGGGGAAACUCGGGUGCCACUGGAUCGCUUUCCCCUGCCAGGGUCCAUCGCCGUCACGGCCGCAUCAGCUGGUCCCGCCGCGGCGAGGUCAUCUGAACAUCUGCCCCCUCCACCAUGCUCUCUUAGAAGCCGGAAGAUUUUUCCUCCACCUCGAUUAAGGGAAAACAGCCCACAGCGUGAUGCUGCCCCCACAAUGCUUCACUGCAGGAGACCGGAGACACAAGUCUACAGUCCAGUACGCCACCAGGCCGGAUCUUCCCACGCUGGCCUACAGGAGGGUGAAGGGCAAGAGUCCAGGCGUGGUCUUCCUACCGGGCUACGGGUCCAACAUGAAUGGACAGAAAGCAGAGGCGUUGGAAGAAUUCUGCCGGUCACUCGGGCACUCGUAUCUCAGGUUUGACUACACAGGACACGGGGCCUCAGAAGGGAUCCUCGCAGAAGGCACUAUUGGAACGUGGAAAAAAGAUGUCCUUUAUAUGCUGGAUGAAGUAGCAGAGGGCCCACAGAUACUCGUGGGUUCUAGUAUUGGAGGCUGGCUCAUGCUGCUGGCGGCCAUCGCGCGUCCGGAGAAGACGGCCGCCCUGGUGGGCAUCUCCACUGCCGCCGACCAUAUUGUCACCUCGUUCAACUCUCUUCCGCUGGAGAUGAAGAUGCAGUUCCAGGAGAAGGGCGAGUGGACAGUACCGACCAAGCACUCUGAGGAGGGCCUAUACAAGUUUAGCAUGGACUUCUUGCGCGAAGCAGAGAACCACUGCGUGCUGCACAGCCCCCUCCCGGUCACGUGCCCCGUGCGCCUCAUCCACGGCCUGAAGGACGAGGACGUGCCGUGGCACAUCUCCAUGCAGGUGGCCGAGCGCGUGCUCAGCGCCGACGUGGACGUCAUCCUGCGGCGCCACGGCCAGCACCGCAUGUCGGAGAAGGACGACAUCAAGCUCAUGGUCUACACUAUCGACGACCUCAUAGACAAGUUGACCACCAUGGUGUGAUUAAAAGGUACCCGGGCAGUGGCGUGGGCCAAGGGGCUUAGCGUUGAAGGACUGUUUACUACCAAACAAGGCACGUUGCUUCUGCCAAAAAUGACCUUUGAACUUCUAUAUCUGUAUUUCCUCUACAUAUUAAGUUGUGUUUCAGUAUUAGGUGGGUCACUCACUUCUACUACUGCUCCUCCUCCUCUUCCUUCCUUUUUAAUGACACAAGUCUAUAGAGUUCCUGUGCCUUUUUUAAAAAAAAAAUAAAAUAAAAAAUCAUAUAUUUCA